GUAGGGCGAGCAGACCAGUCGCUCAUAUAGUGGCAUUACAAAACUAUAGUGAUGUACUGAAAAUAAUAUUACAACAAUUAUAUGUUCAAUAUUCACAUCGACCACAAACGAAGGGAAGUUCCAAUUUAUACAAAAUGAAUAUUGGAGUGUUAUGGUUAAGCGUGCUGCUGGUGGCCAGCAGCUCCGCCAAGUGGCGCUGGCCAGAAGGCGAGGCGGCGGCUUCAGUCCGCAUCGACACCAAAGUGAGAUUCAUCGAAUCUGGCGACGACAGGGAUCCAGAGAAGAUCCAGGGCAUGCACCGCGUGCAGUCUGACGCGCCGUUCAAGGAGCCGCAGGAGACGGAGGGCUUCUACAACCGGCCGCCGGGCUCCGGGCGCUACCCCGUGCGCGUGGAGGCGCACCGCACGCCCUACCGCGUCGACGACAACGCCAUCUACCCCGUGCACACCCCCCCGAAAACUACGGUUUCUGACGGCACCCUCGAUUCGUUGCAAUACUGCAAGUGCGUCUCCAACCCCGACUGCGAUCCGAGACCAGACUCCUUGGGCGCGUGCGGUGCCGGCAAGUUCCUGUGCUGCUACCCGCGACCCAGCAACAAAGACAGGGUGACGCCGCAGAACACCGAGUUCUUCAAUGAACUGGAAGAUCAGCGUCCGAUGCUGCUGCCGGGACGCGAGAACCUAGCGCGGCCGUUCCCGCCGCCGCCCAACUCCGUGCACAGCGGCCUGUUCGGCUCGUACGGGCCCGGCCACGACCACGACUCCUCGCACAUCGGCGUCUUCGACAAGCCGCUCGUACUCAUCGGCCCCUCCGGACCCUCAGGACCCGUGGGCCCGCCGAAUAAGCCAAUAGAAUCUGGCGUGCUCGUUGGCCCCGAAGGCCCGACCGGCAUCGUCGGCCCCCUCCCCAAUGGACCCCCAGACUCAACUCGAAGCGAAAGUGCACAAAGAGGAGUCUUAGUUGGCCCCGUUGGUCCCUCAGGAAUAGUGGGUUCAUACGGCCGACGUCCAGUACUAGUUGGCCCCGGCGGACCCACAGGAAUCAUUGGGCCUAGCAGGACUGGACGUGGACCUAAUGUACUAGUCGGACCGGGUGGACCCACUGGCAUCAUUGGCCCUGCCAGACAACCAGGUCUGCUCACUGGCCCAGGGGGCCCAACAGGCUCCAUUGGACCCGGUCGCCCAAUCCUAGUGGGUCCCGGUGGACCCACCGGUCAGAUAGGUCCGAGAUACUACGGUAAAUAAAUGUGCCAUGUGUCGUGUGGUAACUAAUACAAGUGUGGAACUAACUCGGUACACGUCGUUGUUGUUUAAGUUUAAGACUGCAGUGUACCGUCAUCGUGAGCAUGCAAUAUUUUGAUUAAUUGGUAACGAAUACACCGUCAGUGUUAACUGCAAUAAACCCAGCUUUGUGUGUGGCGAGUCUGUGCGCUGUGUGCGAGUGUGACGGCUGGGACUCUUGCAGGCUGCGCACACAGCAGGCGGAGGACCGGCUCGCCGGCGUGGGCGCCGCGCGUCGACUUCUCCAGCCCCGCUCCGAUACACAAGCAUCGGCGGAACGCUCAACCCGUCGCGAACAUGUGUGACUGCAAACAAUAAACCGUCGCAAACUC